CAUUAGCCCCGCCCCCGGGGAGGGACAGUCCUGGACUGUGGCACUGCAUCGCGAGCUGCACAGCUCACUUAACACAGCAACAAGAAUAAAGAAAACGGACAGGCUGUAAUGGGGCGCAGUAUGGUUUGAGUGGAGAGUGGGACUAUCCUUUGGCCCACUGUCUGACGCUCAGAGGUAGGCUGUGAGUGACUCCCCUGCCUGACGAUCUCUGUGCAGCGAUGCCCCCCCCAUCGGACAUCGUGAAGGUGGCUAUUGAGUGGCCAGGAGCCAACGCCCAGCUCACUGAGAUCGACCAGAAAAAGCCCCUCUCCUCGAUCAUCAGGGAGGUCUGCGAUGGUUGGUCCCUGUCAGGUUCGGAGCAGUUUGCCCUGCGCUAUGCUGACGGCCCGCAGUUGUACAUCACAGAGCUGAGUCGCAGCGAGAUCAAGAAUGGAACCAUCCUACGCUUGGCAAUAUCUCCUGGUCGCGCUGCCCGCCAGCUCCUCGAGAGGGUGCAGUCACACGGGAUCGAUGCCCGCUUGGAGGCUCUGAAGGAACUGGCCAAGUUGUCGGCUGACAUCACCUUCGCCACUGAGUUCAUCAACAUGGAGGGCAUCACUGUGCUGGCAAGACUGGUGGAGAGUGGCACCAAUUUCGGGGAGAUGCUGGCCUUCACUCUGACUGCCUUCCUGGAGCUGAUGGAUCAUGGGAUUGUGUCCUGGGAGCUGCUGUCUCUACCCUUCAUCAAGCAGAUCGCUGGCUAUGUGAACCAGCCCAUGGUGGACGUGUCGAUCCUGCAGCGUUCACUGGCUAUCCUGGAGAGCAUGGUGCUGAACAGUCAGAGCCUGUACCAGAGAGUGGCGCACGAGAUCACGGUCGGCCAGCUCAUCGGACACCUCCAAGUCUCAAACCAGGAGAUUCAGACCUACGCCAUCGCACUCAUCAACGCACUCUUCCUCAAAGCACCGGAGGACAGGAGACAGGAGGAGCACACUAACCCCCUAGACCUGCCGCUGACUGAAAUGGCCAGCACUCUUGCACAGAAACACCUGAGGUCCAUCAUAUUGAAUCACAUCAUCCGUGGGAACCGUCCAAUCAAGGCGGAGAUGGCACACCAGCUGUAUGUGCUGCAGGUGCUGACCUUUAACCUUCUGGAGGAGCGCAUGAUGACCAAGAUGGACCCCAGUGACCAGACUCAGAGAGACAUCAUCUUUGAGCUGCGCAGGGUAGUCUUCGAUGCAGAGUCUGAUCCCAACAGCAGCAGCACAGAGAAGCGCAAGACCAUGUACACAAAGGACUACAAGAUGCUGGGCUUCACUAAUCAUGUGAACCCUGCUAUGGAUUUCACCCAGACUCCCCCGGGGAUGCUGGCCCUGGACAACAUGCUGUACCUGGCCAAGGGGCACCAGGACACCUACAUCCGGAUCGUGCUGGAGAACAGCAGCCGGGAAGAUAAACACGAGUGUCCGUUUGGACGCUGCGCCAUCGAGCUGACGAGAAUGCUGUGCGAGAUCCUGCAGGUCGGAGAGCUGCCUAACGAGGGCUGCAAUGACUAUCACCCCAUGUUCUUCACUCACGAUCGCGCCUGGGAGGAGUUCUUCUGUGUCUGCAUCCAGCUGCUCAACAAAACCUGGAAAGAGAUGAGAGCCACAGCCGAGGACUUCAACAAGGUGAUGCAGGUGGUGCGGGAGCAGAUCACUCGCGCUCUGGGGAUGAAGCCCAACUCUCUGGACCAGUUCAAGGUUAAACUGCGUGGGCUGAGCUACUCUGAGAUCCUGAGACUGAGGCAGUCAGAGAGAAUGAGCCAGGAUGACUUCCAGUCUCCUCCCAUCAUUGAGCUGCGGGAACGCAUCCAGCCUGAGAUCCUGGAGCUGAUCAAACAGCAGCGUUUCAACCGGCUGUGCGAGGGGAGCUGCUUCCGCAAGAUUGGGAACCGCCGACGGCAAGAGAAGUUCUGGUUCUGCCGCCUCUCUCUGAAUCACAAGGUCCUUCACUAUGGAGAUCUGGAGGAGCUGCCGCAGGGGGAGGUGCCCUUCGAGUCCCUGACUGACAAGAUCCCAGUGGCUGAUAUCAAGUCUGUGGUGACUGGGAAGGACUGUCCUCACAUGAAAGAGAAGAGCGCCCUCAAGCAGAACAAGGAGGUGCUGGAGCUCGCCUUUUCAAUCCUUCAUGAUCCUGAUGAGGCCCUGAACUUCGUGGCACCAAACAAAUACGAGUACUGUAUCUGGACAGACGGCCUGAGCGCUCUGAUUGGACGGGAGAUGGGCAGUGAGCUGACCCGCAGUGACCUGGACACGCUGCUCAGCAUGGAGAUGAAACUCCGCCUCCUCGACCUGGAGAACAUCCAGAUUCCAGAAGCCCCGCCCCCUAUCCCCAAAGAGCCCAGCAGCUACAACUUCGUCUACCACUACGGCUGAGAGAGAGACAGCGCCCCGUAGGGCUGAGGAUGGGACAGGCAGGGCUCACGCUGGAAAGAGCACCCUCUUGUGGUGGGAACACCUUUUAACAGGCUCAUUUCGAAAAGGGAAACUCGCUAUUAGGCUAUUAAGGUGUUAUAAAAGGUGUUCUCAGAGUUAGACUUCUGGGGUGCGAGGGGAGAUUGUGUGGACCCUUUUUAGAAGUUCUUGUAUGUAUGUAUACACUUUGAGGGAAUUUCAGAUCACUUGCCAGGGUCCCAUUUCUUAAAUUCAAAUAAAAAGUAAAACCUUCAAUUUUUUUUGAACUAGUUUUUCAACUGGUCCUGUUGUGUGCAGAUCUCUCUUGCCCUGGCCUCGCCCUGUGCUUGGCAGUGUAGGUUGUGUGUAUUUAAAUUGGGUUGUAUUGUUUUUCAGGAGGUGUCUUGAUUGGAGACAUUCCGUUUUUCAUAACUUCACUCAAUCAUAGAUUCUAAGGUAAAACUUCAAGACUAGAUGAAAUAUGAAGGCACUUGACUCUUUACCUUGGGAUAUCAGGUUGACAUGUUUACAGUAAUAAUGGGAUUAAUCUGAAGAAAUCUAUUGUACACACACCCUGAUUACUUUAGUAGAGACCUAUAAUUACUAGAAAUAUGAUUUCCCUUUCAAAUUAAUGAUGUAAACCUUCUUUCCUAAUAUAAUAUUUUAUUAAUAUGAACUGCCAUUCAUUUCAAAGUGCUUUAAAAAAAAUGACAUAAUGAAGGUAACUUGUUUAAAAGACGUUGUUUAUAACCUCCAACUGCUGCAGGUAGUACCAGCAGUGUGCCUGUCUGACUCGACGAGAAGAUUUGGAGUGGACGUUUCCGUGCCUACACACAAAAAAACCUUUGGGGAAUGUAAACAAACUGGACUGUAAAGUGUAAUAAAAUAAGAAGGCUGAACUUAGCCGGCACUGUUGUAUUUUACUGUACGACUGGAAAUGUGCUGUUUGACGUGUAAGAGUAGCUUGAUUUAAUGAAGGAACAACUCAACUGACAGAGCAAGGAGAUCAGGUUGGCAGGACAGGACCAGUUGGCGCCCCCUAUUGCACAAGCGAUGAACUCGCAUUGACAAAUGGUGGAUUUCUUGGAUCCAAAUUGAAAUGCAGUAUUCAUUUCUUUCUUCUGUGUUUAGUUGCUGUUAUAAGUGAGCUGGUACGACGGCUCCAGAUUAGGUCUUGGUGUUGCUUUAAUGUAGCUUGACUGCUGUUCUAUACAAUCACCUGAAGCUGCCAUGCACUACAAUGAUGCUGUUUCAAAGGGGUUUAAGAGGUCUGAAUAGCAGAAUACAAAACCCUUUUCCUAUUUCUUAUACCAGCCAGACAGUUAAUAACGCUAAUUUUAUAUGUUUAUUGUUCAAAUCUGAUUUAAAGGCGCGCUGAGGUUUUAAAAUCUAUUUUCGUACUACUUAACUUUGGCAGCAUUGCCCCAUGCUGGUGCUGAAGAUCUCUGGGUACUUGCUUUGUUUUGCUAUAAUGUUGGUUAAAUACAACACAAUAGAUUCAAAAGUUGCUGUUGCUCCCGGUUACCCAAGAACUUCCUGUUCUGUAGGUCAGGUUUACUGUGAUUGUCAGUCUGCAAUUAGACAGCACUGGAUGUUAUUAGUUACAAUAUCACAAUGUAUUUUAAAAUCAUGUACUGUAAGGAGGAUAAAGACUUCUGUCCAAUUGAAUUGACCUGCAAGAUCCCAUUGUGUUUAACAAUAACCAUAGAAGUCUUCUAAGUCUCAUAAAGGAAUGUACUAAACUAAAAAUACCUGAUUUGAGUGUCUGUUUUCUCAUUGACAAUAUGUGUCCUUAACCUGUAAACUACAGGUCCUGACCAAAUACAGUACAAAAACACCUGCCAUCUGUAGCACACACUUUAAAUGGGCAGUGACAAGCAGACGCCACCCCGGAAGUAUUCUGUAAUGCAAAGCUGGCAUCAUGCGGUGGCUUAUCUAUAGAGAGCGGCCACAUAACAAGCCAACGAGGUUCUGUGAAGUAGCCUGGGGGUUCUCAUUUGAAACCACCUCUUUAACAUUGUUUCUGAAGUACCCAUGCCGUUGUAAAGCACUGCAAAUAAGUCUCCGUUCUGUUGCUUUGUAUGAUGAAGUAUUCAUUGCAUUGUUGCUAAUGAGAAUAUAUUUUUGUAAAGGACUGUACAGUUUGAAUUUGGGGGCACAGGAGGUCUGUCUUUGUGGUACCAAGUCUUUAAUGAACCAUAAUAAACAUACAGGACAGGCUGGAUUAAAAUCAAUUGGUUACUAAACAGCAUCCUGCAGUUUUCACUUGUUUUUUUUCUCCUAUUAAUACAAUCAAUACAUUACACUAAUCUGCUGUAAUUUGAGUUUAACCCCAUAGGGAUUGCAUACAUUACACCAUUAAACAAAUCUGAUAUUAACAGUUUUUCCAUAAUAUAAAUGUCCCUAAGGGAUGAGGGUUUAUAAGAUGGAAAUUUUGAUGACCAAAAAUGACCUGCCGUAGAGGUGUAGUUACAGAAAUGAACAUGUAGUUCAUUUCUGUAACGUGUAGUUACAGAAAUGAACACUCUUAUUGUGACCAGGAUGUGCAGAACAGGGUAAUGAUGGUUUGUUUGUCUUUGGGAGGGCAAUGGUACGAAGUGUGGAUAUUGUUUUAUUGGUAACUUUGAGUUCUUAUUAUAAUUGUGUUACUGAGUAGACUCGAACAUGUAACCCUAGUGAUGAUAGUGAGUGAACUAUUGUAAUACAAGUAUAUAACUAUAUGGAAAUGAUUCCUAUCUGUUUACGUUGCUUUACUGAAACUAUUAAGAAUUGUCUGAAUAAAUGCAGGGUUGAUGCUGUGA